AUGUCCUCCCAAUUUCUGCAGACCGAACUUGCCAACCUUAUUCAAGAAUCCAGGCGGAAAAAUGCCGACUUGCGCAAUGCAGCAGAGCAAUCACUCAAUGAGCUGAAGGCGCUACCAUCAACUUCUGAAGCGCAAAUAUCAGCAGAUCUGGUCCGCAAACCCACAUUCGUGGAACCAUUUAUUAUCGCAUGCCAUACUCGACAUGCGAAACUUGCGGGUAUCGGUGUAAUUUGCCUUCAGAGGCUGAUCGCUUCCAAAUCUUUGCCAUCUCAUCGCCUGAAGGACGUUCUUGCUGGCCUAAAAGAGACCACCAGCCUGAGUCUCGAUAUCCAGCUCAAGAUCUUACAAUCACUACCUUCGCUUUUGCAAUACUAUUCGAAUGAUCUUAGUGGAGAAUUACUCGCGAGCACGUUGGAAAUAUGUGCGACUUUGCAAGCAAGCAAGACGAUUGCAGUCAGUAGCACAGCGGCUGCUACCCUCCAGCAACUCGUUGUUUCUACAUUUGAACGAGUGUCGAGCGAAGACAGGCUUCCCGACGAUGCCAAAACAACAACACAUGUGAGCGUAGAUGGCCAGUCUGUGGAUGUGGCACAAUUUGCAUAUGACGCUUUACUGGUUCUGGAUGAUCUCUGCCGGAUUAUUGAUGGUGAACAGUUGCAAUUUCUACGCACCAAGACAUUGUCCUCGGCAUUCGUCCUGGAACUAAUAGAAAGUAUCAUACUGAACAGUGGUCGGCUGUUUGUGAGCCACCCUGAGUUGUCACAGGUUCUUCGAGUGCGCCUCAUGCCAUUAACUGUACGAUAUUUGUCUGAACGUCAUUCGUUUUCUGAAACAGUCCGAGUGGCUAGAAUUCUUCUUGUUCUUCUGAAACGGCACAUGUCUCUCCUACCCGCCGAGUGUGAAAUGGCAUUUGGUCUUCUCACUCAUUUAUUGGAACCGGAUGGAACAGCGCCCUGGAAGCGAGUGCUAUGCAUGGAAGUGUUCCGAGGACUUUACUCCGAGCCUGGAGUUGUCCGGCAGAUAUACUCCCUUUACGAUGGAGAAGAGGGCAGGAAGAACGUCCUGAGGGACCAUAUGGCUUCUCUUGUAAAGCUCGCUUCGGAAAAGCCUUCAUUGAUUGGAGUUAGCAAUCAAUCAACAAUACCGCUACGACCAGAUCACUCACGGUCUGCUACGGAUGAUCAAAUCGCACUUGAGACUGGCGGAGUUACAGGCGUCAUUGGAUCAUCAGUUCCUCAAACUGAGACCAAGGUACCAGGUAUCAGCACUCAGUGGAGUCUUGUUAGGACGCCCUACAUUGAGCUUCUCGACAAGUCAGAUCCGCCAUUCCCUCCAGAAACCUACAUUUACAGCCUUGUCCUCAAUUGCAUUAGCAGCUUCGCCGAAGGACUCGCGAAAUUCAUUCUGCCGCUCACAGUUCCUGACCUGAAACAGAAGCGCAAAAAUCGAUUGGCAAACCAGGAACAAGGCCCCGAUUCUGCUAGAUCAUCGCAAGACCUUCAAGCUCAUGAAUUGGGAAGAAUCAAACCCUCAUCCUCUUUGAAAAAGUCCACAGCCCCCAUCAAUCCUUUGGAUCUGCAGUCCCACGUUCAGUACUCUGCAAUCCGGACGUGCGCCGACAUUGUUGAGAAUUGCUGGCCUGCGGUUCUUGCGACAUGCUCAACCUUUCUUCGAGCAUCUUUGGAUGAUGAGUUCUAUCACAACCUUGUACGAGCAUUCCAAAAGCUGGCCCACGUGGCAGGUCUUUUGCGGUUGUCCGUUCCCCGCGAUGCAUUCCUUACGACACUAGGGAAGGCUGCCAUGCCUGCAAGCACAGGAGGAUCUAAAGCGCAAACCCUUGUCAAUCCCAGUGCAAGUGCCUCUCAAAGCCCUGACACGUCCAAGAAUAAACGCAAAAGCUCGGAUAUACCUCGAAUCAAUCCUUUGCCUUCUGACCCCUCCGCCGGCGCAGCAGCACAGAGUGUCCCGGUAGCUUUAAGCACAAGAAAUCUUCUGUGCCUACGAGCUCUGUUAAACCUUGGAAUUGCACUGGGGCCAACUUUAGAUCAGCAGGCCUGGUCUAUCCUUCUUGAAACACUGCAAUAUACUGGCUUGGUGAUUGGUGCAUCUAGUACAAUGGUCAAAUCGACGACUAGUGGAGAGACAACAGUCGUCUCUGGCAAUGAUGUUCCAACUGCAAAUCUCGGAACCGAAGUAAUUGCAGUGCAAGCAGCCUCAGCUAAGCUGUUUGAAAGCACCGGUGAUUACCCUAGUGCUUCAUUCCGAGAGAUCCUACUCGCAUUACUCAAUCUCUCCACAUUUACCGAACAAGAAUCCCAAAAAGAAUCUGCACAGGAAGUGUCGGAAACACCUAACUCGCCACAGUCGUCGCGACGCCCUGGGGCCCUUAAUCAAAAUGCCCGACGAGUGUCACACACUGUGGGCAAGUCGAGGAUGCAAGACGAGGAGCUGAAUUUUGUGCUGGAAAAAGGAAAUGAUCUGGCUAGAUCGAACCUUGAGAGGCUUUCUUCGCUUGAUGAAGAAGACAAUAUCGCGUGGCAGCUUCUGACCCAAAGUCUUAUCUCUACGUCUACAAAUGUCGCCGUCAACCCUAGCCUUCGUCUACAGGCCAGUGGAAUAUUGAAUUCGUUAGUCUUCUUGACAAUGAAACCAGGGGAAGUCGACGAUGAGAAGGCACGAAACGAGGUACAGACCCGAAACCUUCAGACUCUCAAAGACCAGGUCUUCUCGCUAUAUUCGUCGGACACAGUAUCGUCGAAGUCGCUUCCGAUCACUGUGACAGAAAUUCACGAACAAUGCUUGGAAAUCCUGCAAAAUAUACUCGAACAAUAUGCAGAGACAUUCGUGGAUGGUUGGAGUCUCAUCUUUGACUUGAUAACCGGCGUUUUCCAAGGGAUAGCAAAGGUGGAGGGUGGAGAUAAACUAAUAACCCCAACCGAGCGUAGGGCAUCAGGUCUUCCUGCUGGACCUCGUUUGGUUCGUGCCGCCUACAAGUCAUUGCAUCUUGUGGCUUCGGACUUUCUCUCUCUUCUGCCUGCCACAUGUCUAUUAAGUCUCGUCAAUUCGUUGUCCAGCUUCGCCUCUCAAACACAAGACUUCAAUAUCUCCCUCACAACAACCUCAUUUUUCUGGAACGUGUCCGAUUUUCUCCAAGGGCAGAUUGAGAAAUUUUGUAUCGAAAGCCAUGUUGACGCUUCUGUUAGCGAAGAGGAGCUAGGCAAGCUUACUUGUGACAGUGACCCCUCUGUUUCAAGGAACUCGCUUUGGCUUUUGCUACUGCUCCGAAUCGUUGACAUCACAACAGACCCGAGAUCCGAGAUUCGAAACAGCGCUAUACAUACUCUACUCAGAAUCUUUGACGCAUACGGACAACAGCUUCCCCGAAGGCAUGGCGCCUAUCCCAAAUCAAAGCAAGGCGGCGAUACAGACGACCUCAAGUCCAAGGUUGCGACAACAGUUGUUAUGAUUAAUGGCGUCUCGAAUUUGAUUACAAGCUUUUUCGAUACCAUCGUCAGUGAUGAGGAGUUUGACCAGUCUUGGAAGCGACUUUUGAAAUACCUACAAGCUCUGAUUGAUAUGCGCAUUCUGGAAUUCAGCGAUGCCACUUUUGUCAGCCUUUCAUCUAUUCUCGUUUGCGUACAACCCUCGACUGGUAUCAGCAAGGAAGCACUUCGGUGUGCAUGGGACCUUUGGGCCAAUGGCCACCCUGCUGCAGACGAAGCCGCCCUUGACCUCGAUAAGCCCAAUCAAGACGCAGCGCUGGCCUACAUUCAAUCCUUUCAGCAGAUCUACCGACUGUACAAAGACAGCCUGACCACAGAACAAAUCGAGAAGGUUCUCCAGCAUUUGCGUCUGCUGGUAUGGAACUCUGUAUCCCCGCCAUACUCGCCAGAUCUCGAUCGCCCUUCUGCUGUCCAGGACUUGGUCAUCAAUUGCCUCAAAAAACUUUGCUCAGAGAAGGAAGAGUCGCAGGCAGCUAUUUUGCUGAGUCUUGCCGACCUGUCUGACUCGGUAUUGACAAAGUGGUCUCUUGGCGAUGAUUCACGAAAGCCGACGUUCGUGGCAUUCUCGAAAAGUAUCAUCGAUCUGGUUUGUUGGUAUAUCGCAGACUUCGGUAUCAAGCAGGAUAUUUUCACAAACGGCGCCUUGGCAACAUCACUUGAGCAUCUCGGUGCGUUGAUCACGCAAAAAUACAGAUGGCAGGGCAAGGACCGUGAGCCUUUCCUCUGGCAGAAAGCUGUUACAACCACAUUGAACGUCCUUGAAGCCGCUGUCCCGUAUAUCGAAAAGCGUUAUCCCGAAGCAAGCGAAAAAAACGUCGCCCAUUUCUGGCAAUGCAUUGUGGACAUCACCCAUGGCAUUGUCUCUGCUCGCGGUUUCCAGACCCAGCAGUUAGCAAAUGCACGUAUACUAUCCGACGAGGCUUUCGACAUCGCAGCAUUCACCCGUCUGAAGACGUUGGUACUUCCUUCACUAGGAGCAUCUGUCAUCCCAGAGACCGUCCGUCGUGACUUCGCCUGCGCCCUCUUCCACUCCUCAUUCAUAUACCCACCGCAGCGUUUCGAUCUUCCCAGUUGUCCCAUCGAGCAAGAACCUCUCAAGGACUUCUAUAAGAUUCGCGACGGUCGCACAUUUGACCCGCCCCCAACGCUGCGUCCAAGGAUAGCAUAUGUCCUCAUGGAUACAUUUUUUGAGCUUGCGACGAGUGCCGUUUCUAAGGACGCCGCUGCUGCACCCAGCCCGCAAACCUUGCUAGCACGAUCCAUCUCCCCCUAUCUUCUUCUUCGAUGCGCCAUCGCGAUAAAGUGCUAUAUCGCCGAUCAACCUCUCCGCGGCUUAAUGCCACAACCGACCCCGGCACGCAGGGAAUUGCUUCAUUUACUCGUCCACGCGGUCCAACUUCGGAGCGAGCCCUCAGCCAUUCCAGAUCCCCCAUCCAUCAAGACGGUUACAGUGGCGGCGGGAAAGAAUGACGAUUCAUCCCUUCAUCAUCGCAAGCAUCUUGAAUGGCUAUAUCCGCUGGUUGCCAAAGCCAUCCAGGUUGCGGGCAAGGAACGUGAUGAUGGACAGGUGCUUGAAGCGCUUGGAAAGGUAUUGCACGAGAUUGGACGCUUUGAAUAG